UCUGAUAAUAAAAACAUAAAGUUCUCUAUCACAUCUACAAAAGAAUAUUCAGCUCUACGUGAAUCAAAACACGCAAAAUGAAACAUACAUAUCCCAUAUUAAUUCUAGGAUUAUUUUUGAUGAGGAAAUCAUUGUCAUUGAACUCGACUGGUAUAAAUCAAUUCAACAGGUUUCUAUGCGCUUACAAGUAUUGCUCUGGGGCACAUGGUCCAAAUGAUGAUGGGACAUGUAGACUUGAUGUUAAUGUCACAAGGACGUUUGAUAAGGCAACAGACAAGAAGAUCAACAAGAUGAGACACAUUCAUACAUGCUGUUUUGCACAGCUGAAUAAUGAUAAUGUCAUUGUUGGAGUUGGAUGUUAUGAUAGCUGCCAAACAAUGGAUCCAUAUUUGGAGGCAAAGCCUAAAUGUACGCAACCAGCACAUCUUACUAGUAUUGGCACUAUAGAUGUCACUAUCUUCUGUCGCAAGGACAACAAACCAUGUGAUCAGUUGGAAGAGAUGCACAAAGGAAUACAUAAAUGCUGUACGCUCAUCAGCAUUUCUGACCAUUCUGCAGUUGUGUGUGAUGGCAAAUGUCCAAUGGCAGAUGAUGAUGAAACUAAUGGUCAAUUAGAUGAACAAUAAAUCUGGUAGUCACCUAUUGGCAUGACAAUGUCUUUCUAUUUCCAUGUUCAUUUAAUUGGAAAAUGAAGUUCAUUUAAUUUGAAAUAUAAAGUCUGAGACAUCAAAA